ACUUGAAAUUAUCAUUUGAAUUAUCUUCGGUUAUUUCUAAUCAUCAAAAAAAAAAAUGAUGUUAAUUUCAUUCAACCAAUUCAAAUUGUUGAUGAUGAUGAUAUUCAUUUGGCCAUUAGAUCAAUUAUUGGCAAAUCCAGAUGCAAAACGGUUAUACGAUGAUUUGAUCAAUGGAUACAAUAGUAUUAUUCGACCAUUGGGCAAUAAUUCGGAUCGUUUAGUGGUAAAAAUGGGUCUUCGAUUAUCACAAUUAAUAGAUGUGAAUCUAAAAAAUCAAAUUAUGACAACAAAUGUAUUUGUUGUACAAGAAUGGAUUGAUUAUAAAUUAAAAUGGGAACCAGAAGAUUAUGGUGGUGUAACUAAAUUACAUGUACCAUCUGAACAAAUUUGGUUACCAGAUAUUGCCCUUUAUAAUAAUGCUGAUGGUGCAUAUGAAAUACAAAUUUUGACCAAAGCAAUACUUCAUUCGGAUGGUCUUGUUAUUUGGAAACCACCGGCAAUCUAUAAAAGUUCAUGUGAAAUUGAUGUUGAAUAUUUUCCAUUUGAUGAACAAACUUGUUUUAUGAAAUUUGGUAGCUGGACAUAUGAUGGUUAUACGAUUGACCUAAGACAUAUACAUGAAAAAAAUGAUGAACCAGUUGUUGAAAUGGGUAUGGAUCUAAGUGGAUUUUAUCUAAGUGUUGAAUGGGAUAUAAUGGCUGUACCGGCACGUCGUAAAGUUAUUUUCUAUAGCUGUUGCGAUACACCAUACAUUGAUAUUACAUUCAAUAUAACAUUACGACGAAAAACAUUAUUCUAUACAUUCAAUUUGAUUAUACCAUGUGUUGCAAUAUCAUGUUUAUCAAUUUUAGUAUUUUAUUUACCAUCAGAUAGUGGUGAGAAAGUAAGCCUUUCAAUAUCGAUUAUGUUAUCAUUGGUAGUGUUUUUUCUAUUAUUGGCCGAAAUUAUACCACCAACAAGUUUAACAGUACCAUUACUUGGUCGUUAUUUAUUAUUUACAAUGAUUUUGGUUACAUUAUCAAGUGUAGCAACAAUAGCUGUAUUGAAUGUAAAUUUUCGUUCACCAUCAACACAUCGUAUGGCACCAUGGGUUAAAAAAGUAUUUAUACAAAUAUUACCUAAAUAUCUUUGUAUGCAAAGACCACCACAAGAUUCUAAUGGUGAAGAUGAUGAUGAUGAAGAAUUGACUGAAGAACAACAACAACAACAAAUGAAUACAGAUAUGGAACAACAACAACAACGAAGACAACGUUAUGAUCAAUAUGAUCAACAACAAUAUGGACCUAUGAUGGAUGAUUUUUAUUCAUUCGAUAAUAAUUAUCCAUAUUCAUCAAAACAACAACAACAGCGACGAAGUAAUAGCAUAACCGAAUCAAUCGAUUCAAAUGAAUUUACAAUUAUACCGGAAAAAUGUAAUGAUAAUCAUCAACGAAUAAGAUUUUCACAACAACAACAACAACAACCAUCACAACUAUAUCAACCAAAUAUAAUAAAUGAUGAAUUACAAGAUGAUGUACAAAUAAUAGCUGAUCAAAGUAAAUCAGAUGAUUCAAUAAAUUCCAAUGAACAAUAUCCAACUAUUAGUCCAAAUCUGAAACGAUUAACAACAAGAAUUCAAUUUUUAUCACAACAUAAACGUAAUCUAGAUAAAUAUUUACAGAUCGAAGAUGAUUGGAAAUUUGUUGCCAUGGUAUUGGAUCGACUAUUUCUUUGGAUAUUUACAAUAAGCUGUAUUAGUGGUGCUGCAUUGAUUAUAUUACGUGCACCAACAUUGUAUAGUUUUAGACAACCAAUAGAUAUUCUUUAUAGUAAAGUUGGUUCAAAUCAUUAAAUAAUUUAUGGAGAAGAGAAAAAACAAAAACAGAAAAAAACAAAAAAAUUCAAAAACAACAACAUCAAUAAUUUGUU